CCAGCCUUGCCUUGAGCUCUGCUGGUAUUAUUGUAGCGUCUGGUCAUUGCAGAUACAUCGUCUGGCGAACACUCAAUUCAUUCCAAAAGUGAUCAAAUACAAGCAAAAUUUUCCACUUUCUGCAACAAAGGCGGAUUUCAAUUAAAGUGAAAUCAAUGCACCAGCAAAAGAAUCGCUUGAAAUAUGAGUCGAAAGGGAACGAAAGAACAAAAUGAGGUAUCGUUGAUCAUUGGGACGCUACCGAAGCGGCUGCAAAACAAAAUUGCUGCUAGCUGUAGCCACGCAACAGCAACAGCGUUGGAAGAAGAUGCUGAAAAUUCGGAGCCCCCGAUGGCGAUGACAAAAACAACAAAGAAGAGUUGCCCAAGGCCAAUCACGAUUUUGAACAAUUCAUCAGCAAAGGAAAAAUGUAAUGAAAAAAUUCCCGUUUUGGAUACCAACGGGUCAAGCAACAAGCAACUGAGGGAUGUAUGCAUACCAGGAUUAUUGCGUGUCACGGCAACAGUGUCUGACGAUGCUACUGCUAAGUCCUGUCAUUAUGGACGGCGACGUGGGCGCACUCAGACUAAGAGUAAUAAGGCGCACACUCCCCAUUCGCCGCAGGAGCGGACUCGUCUGACCACCGAGCAUCCCAAGUGGUUCGAGCCUAUGCUGUCUAUGGCCAAUGCAAAGGAAAUUGUACAGUUGUACGAUCAACUAUUGGUGUUGCAGAACAGGAACCUAAUACUAGUUAACUGGAAGAACUUUUGCUAUAUCCAAAACAAGCUACAGGACGCCUUUAAAACACUGAUGCUGGAGGAGCUGCGCUUUGUCUGCGAGCACAAAGUUGAUGCCUUCUUCUGGAAACUGCUAUUCUACAACGUUCGCGAGUAUCUAAGGCGGCAGCAGACCGACCAGGCCCGUUCCCACUCCUUGCUGCUGAUUGAACAAGCGUUCCAGUUUUACCAUACUGUCUUUGACCAACUAAUGGCAAAGUAUAUAUCACGCUUCGAGAGCGCCGUCAAGGUGGUUGCACAACGCCUUCUAAUCUGUCUGGGUGACCUGUCCCGCUAUCGGGUUAAUUAUGUACAGGGCACGGACUACCUGGAGGCUGCACGCUAUUACCAUCGUGCUCAGGAGCUAGUGCCCGGAAACGGUGCGCCCUACAACCAGCUGGCUAUCGUUGCUAUUUUUCAUCAUAAGCGCUUCGAUGCUGUAUACUACUAUGUGCGCAGCUUGUUGACUUCAAACGCAAUUCAAACAGCCAAAGAAAGCUUGCUGGAUCUGUUUGACGAGAUUCGCCGGAAGUACGAGGAGACUGAAAUGAAAAAAUCUCCCUUCGCUUGUGGGCCAAUCACUAAGAACGAGAAGUCCAAGCACAUGCGAAAGGAAGUUUGGAUCUACCCGGAUGGCAUCCGCUGCUUGCAUCGUUCGGAUCUAAAGAAAAAGGGUAAAAACAAGGUCACCAUGGACGAGGUUAACCGCUACGACGAAAUGUCACCAGUGGAUCUGUUGCCACGCGUUAUGUCCCUUUACUUGUACUUGAUCGGCAAGCUCUACAAUGGAACUGAUGUGGACUCAUUGUACCAGCUGCUUCGAAAGCUUCAAAUUCAGUUGAGUGUCGCUCUAAAGCAGAUCAACCUCUUGUCACGUUCCAAACUGCUGAAAAUGGCGGCACUUAACCUGUUCGUCAUGGAGCACAACAAGCGCAAAGUGGCACGUCGGGAGAUGCGUUAUCACAGCUUCAAUUUUGCCAAUUCAUUGUUUGGCCUCAUUCUGAAAAUAACAAACGAAACGCUGGCUAACUUUGUAGAGGAAUCUUCGAGCGUUCAGUCUCUUUCUGAUGACAAUUACACCACCGUAAACACUUAUCUGCAGUUUGUGAACGUCCACGUCCAUUGGCUGAGCAUCAAUGUGGAUCUGUGGGAGCCGGUGCGCUCGGAGGAGCACUCCUUCAUCGAUUGCUGGGCUGAAUUGUCAACCCUUUUCAUAAACAUAGAAUGGCUGCUCGGCAAGUAUAAGCUCGACCAGAAGGACGUUGAAAAAUUGUCCAAAAUCAUUUUGAAUGAAGACAUCGCCCUGAGCGGUUUCAGUCCGUUGGGUAAGGAGACGAGCAGAGUCAACGGACAGCGUGGGUCUGAGCGCAUACAGUUCCUUGUGCGCAUGCGAAAGAUAGCACAGUUUCAGGAUUGCUUCUUGCUGCAUCAGGAUGCCUUGCAGCAGCCACAAAACUCCAGCUUCACCAUUGAGGAUCUCAAUGACGAUAUGAAGGUUGCUCUGAAUUGUUUUGAUGCAGAAAGUUGUGGCCUUUCCUCGGAUACGGCUUCCACGGGCAAAGGCGAGGAGCAGACCAAGUCGGAUAAAAAAAGUGCGGUCUGCCCUUCGGCUGACUUUGAUGUCUCGCAAUUGUGCAAGCUAAAGAAGGAGCUCGAGGAGAAGGCCAGGGUCAAGAAGUUCUGCAACAGCAAGUUGGAGGAAAUUCUUAAAUUGGUUGACACAAAAAUAUACAUAGAGGUGCGUCCGCGAUACCUGUUGCCGGACACCAACUGCUUCAUUGAUUGUCUGGAGGACAUUGAGAAAUUGUCCAUGGAAUACAAGCGCUAUACGCUCAUAAUACCUCUCACAGUCGUCAAAGAGCUGGACGGGCUUUCCAAAGGCGUCAAGUUGGACUCGUAUCGCAACUCGCGGCAGACGCAGAAGCGUAUCCAUCACUUUGACGAGGUGUCGACGCGCGCCAAAAAGUCCCUGGAGUUCAUCAAGUCGGCCAAGAGCAACUUGAAGUGUGCAACUACAAAGGGAUCUUUUGUAAAUGCCUCGGUGUUCGGAUUGGUUGAGGAAGAGUAUUUGUCCAACGACGACAAAAUUCUGGCAACGGCCAUAGCUGUUUCGAAGACUACCAAGUCGGAACAAUGUCAAGAUGGCAAGUGCUUCAUUCAAACGGAGCUGGUACUUAUCACCACCGAUCGCAACUUGCGCGUAAAGGCCCUGACUCGCAAUCUAGCCGUUAGCGCGUUGGAUGAGUUUUUGCAAUGGGCCAAAGAUUGUCGCGAAUCAACCUGAACGUAGAUUCGCAAUGCGAAUCGCUGGUCCCUGCUGACUAUUGGACAGGCUCACGCAGCAGCUCCGCUCCUGCUGAAGCGCGGGCUUGUGCUGUUAUAUUUACUAAAUUAUUCGCAUGUGACUACAAGUAUGUGUGUCGUGGUCGGAAGUCCCUGCGCGCAAAUACGUUCACGAGAGACGUAGGCUCCUGAUGGCUGGACAAGAGUACAGUGCGUAUGUAGGAUACAUAGGUGCUGGUAUCUUCCGGGGGAUGAUUUCGUCGCAUCGGAUCAUGUGGUGUUCCACACAUUAAUUUUCCUUUUCUUAUUUCUUUCAAUGUACACUUUGUGACUUUCGAUACAAUUAAAAACAAUUUGGAUUGUUUUUCAA